UUUACUAUUUUUGAGGAUUUACAAUAUUUUUAUAUUAUUAAAUUUUAGAAAUAGCAAAUAAUUAUGUGAUUUAAUAGUUAAAAAUGGGAGAUCCUAAUGAGCAGAUACUUGGGUAUUCUACAAAAAAAGCACUUACAAAAUUGCGAGACGAUAUUCAAGCAGUAAUAAAGGAACACAAACAAAAAAAUCCAAUCGGGUUUGACAUCAUACGUAACAUCAUAUCAUUUGCCUCGGAGAAAGUUUUAUUAUCAGGAGUUGCAUAUACUGUCACAAUAAUUAAUAUAGUAUGUUUAGUUCUAACUUAUUUAAUUGGAGGAACUAUUUUGGCACAAGGGGACUUAUUGUGGGAGGCAUUGUUUUUGUUUUUUAUACUUGUAAUUAACUUUUUGGUGGCCUUGAAUGAAGAAUAUUUACACAGGAACGAGAUACCUCAUAGAGUAGCUAAAGUACUUGAUACAUUAAAUGAAGCAAUAGGGUCAUGUAUGUGGAAAGAAGAGUUUUACCCACAUUUAUGUGCACCUUUCUCACCUUGCGUCAUUCUGCAGUGGACAUACAGAGAUGGUACAAUAGUGAAUCUUCCGUGGGCUUUAUUAGUGGAAGGUGAUAUAAUAGUGCUCCGACCAGGGCAAGAGGUGCCUGGUCACUGCCAGGGGCUGCAAACUGAUGAUCCAGAGAUGUUCUUUGGCCAAAUAUUUACACCGGGGUCACAGGUAAAAGAAAACUCCAAUGUGCCAAGAUCCCGAACACCUCACCCAAACAGAGCAUACAAAAUGUGUGAAACUCCAUACUUGAAGAAUUUGAAACUAGUUCUAGAACAUUCUACAACCAGACCUGUCACAGUGUUUGAGAAACAGAGGUACUUGUGCACAGUAAAAGUGAUGGAAGGUAUCGUUCUACCGCUCGUAAUUAUCCUCAUGGUAGUGGCAAGUUUCUUCCGUCAUAUAUACCACUUGCCCGGCGUCGCUCAUUGGACAGAGAUAUACUUCUUACAAACGAUCGCUGCGUCUUUACCAUUGUUACAAAUUAUAUUUCCUAUCGCAUGGGUAUCGUUGAAUUGCUAUGGACUAGCUAGAUUCAAAUCGUUGUCAGAAGUGCGCCAAAAGUACACCCGUCCUAAAUCGUGCUCCAUAUCAGAAGACGCAAGCGAUCCUCUCAUUAAAGCGCUCAGUGAAUCCAAUCUUAAGCCACAGAGUAUAAAAACGUUGAGUAAAACCUUCUUUAAUAUCCUGAUUGGUAGAGAGGAUAUGGUCACUAGAACGGCGAAUAUUGUACAUGUUCUGGGAUCUUUGUCGGCAUUAUGUUGUGUGGACAAGAAAGGCAUAUUAUCAUGGCCGAAUCCUACAGCAGAGAAAGUGUUCUUCCUUCGCAAUUCGAGCCCAACGUCGAAUAACUCGAGUAAGACAAGCUUAAUUGCAUCCAUGGGCCACCAGAGCCAAACCACACUUGACCAGGCCGGAGAGAGCAAACCGAACACAGAGCCGUCUACUAUUGUUGAGGUGUUGGACCUGACGCACGACCAGAACGCGCCGUUCCGCGUGGAGUUCGACGAGCAGCGCUGGCGGCAGCACCUGGCGCGGCUCAAGCCGCUGGGGCUGGCCGCGCUGCUCAACACGUGCGCGCCCGCCCACACGCACACGUACGCGCACUUCUGCGCGCACCUCACGUGCGAGGCGCAGUACAGUGAAGAUUUGGUGCCCGUAACAAAUCGCAGAUGUCUCUGUGAGCUAGCGAAACAGAUUGGCUUCACCGAUGCUGUAGCAGACGCGUACCUUGUGCAAGAAUGUUUGGCGGUUUUUAGGCACCUGCAAGCAGACACGAUAAGGCGCGAGACACGCUUCGUGCGUUCUUUGCACUUGAGCACGCGUGUGAAAGUGCCCUUACCGCACAUGCUGGCUGUCAUAGUGAAGGAUCAGGCGAAUCAGCUGCAAAUGUUGACGCAGGGUACAGCAGAUAUAGUACUGGAUUCGUGCGUAGACUACUGGAAUGGGAAAGACCUAACUCCAAUAUCGCCGUCAGAUCGCAAGAAAAUUAUAGAUUUUUACCAGAGAAAUUCUCUCACUGCAUAUUGUACUGCAUUUGCGUACAAGCCACUAACCCGCGGUAUAACAUCAACACUAGCGCGCACAUACCUCGAACUACCAGCUGACAGCCGCGCACUGUACGCUCCACGUGAACAGCGCUGGCAUGAUGCGCCCGCACUACACUUUCACUCUACUGAUUCUUUGCUCUUUAACGAGGUGACAGAUGAAGAUGUUAAUGAUGUUGAUGGUUUUUUCGAUCUACAAUGUAAUCAGGUGUUCAUAGGAAUGGUGACAAUGCAGUACCAAGCGCAAAGUGACAUGGUGGAACUUAUAGAGCGUUUGGAGCGUGCGUGUAUACGAUUCGUUCACUUCAGCAAAGAGAAUGAACUCAGAUCAAGGGUUUUUAGUGAGAAAAUGGGGCUGGAGUCUGGCUGGAACUGCCAUAUAUCGCUCAUGAGCCAGCCCUUGAGCAAGCCGAGCUCGCCGCUGUCGUCCCAAACGUUGUCCCGCGAGCGCCCUAACACCGCAACGCAACUCACUAGGCCCGAUACGGGCGACGCCUUUGCGCAUAGCGGUAAUAUGGCGAAUUCCAAAGUGUUGUCCAUGUCGGCACCGGGAGCUAUAAACUUGGAACAAGGCACGGUCAAGUUUGACAAUGAAAUCAAGAAGAAUAGAAAUUCUAUAACAGCACAAAACGCUUUAAAGCACCUAGAACGCAACAGUAUCCCCGGAGGGAGGAUGUCUACGGACUCUGUACUAGACGGGGAGGAGGGCACCGAGUCGCCGGGAGACGCGUGUCGGUCACUAUCCUGUCUUACUGACUCUACUGACCAUUCUGCUCCACUGCAUUUCGAUAUGAGCAACCGGGCCAAACUACCUCGUGGCAUUGAGAACAUUCGUCCUCACAUAGAACAAGUUGACAAUGUGCCUUUACUUGUCUCUCUAUUCACCGAUUGCACUCCGCGGUCUGUACAAACAAUGAUACAAAUUAUGCAGGAUUACGGUGAAGUGGUUUGCGUAAUGGGAUCAGCGGCCAAUUGUCUGAAUAUGGAAAUAUUCAUGCAAGCUGAUGCAAGCGUUGCAGUAGAGCCGCUUUAUCCAGUACUAUGUCAGAAGUUGCCUCCAUACAAAAUACCGCAAGACUGCAUCGGACCAAUUGAUUUGGCCCGAGCUUUGAACUCACUUCCGUGUUCCUUGUCGUUGAAAAAUAAAUGGCAACACAAUUCUUUCACCAACUACUGCAGUUCUCAGAUGGCGCGCGAGACGGACGUGUCUCUAUUCGCGCUGAUCACAAUGUCGCGCCACUUCACCGCGUGCUUGUGGAACUGCACGCAGUUCUGGAUCUGUAGCGCUUGUUUUAUAUCGCUGUUGCAGGUGUCGUCGCUGUACGCGUUCCUGCCGCUCGCGCUGAGCACGGGCGGCGCGGUGUGGAGCAGCGCGGCGGGCGUGCCGCUGCUGGCCGCCGCGCUCGCGUUCGCGCCCGCGCACCGACACGUCAUGCAGCGCGCCGCCACGCGCCCGCCGCUAGCCCUCACUGCUAAGAUGGCGGUAUUCGUGUUCUGGUGCUACGCGUGCAAAUUCCUACCGUCCGUGAUCUCAAUACUAGUGCUAUACGGGUUCACGUUGCGCAGUUUCUGUCAGCAAAUAGCGGAAGUGACGAAUGCGACGGACUGUUGGCUUGUGUAUCCGGUGAAUGUAGCCAACUUCACGACGGAACAUGACUUGACGCUGCGAAGUUGGCACGGGUGGGGGGAUAUAUUUUAUGAUGGGUUCUACCUGGCGCAGCAUAUCACGCUCGCGCUAGUUACUUUGCAUUUAAUUAUCAUAUCAUUGUCGUUUAUACACCGACAUUCCUCUCUGUGGCAGAGAGGGUUCUGGUCAAACAGGGUUUGGUCCGUGGCUGUUAUAGUUUUGGUGAUACUCCAAACCGCGUUCAGUACCGCACUGCUGCGCAAGCGCUACGGUGCGUGCGAUAUAUGGGCGUGUCCUCAAUACUACGUGCCCGCGCCACUAUGGGCCGGUUAUGCGAUAUCGCCUAUACUUGUGUUGUUGUUGAACGAACUUAUCAAGUACCAGGAGAUCAAAGUGGAUGAACGCAAUCAGCGUCGUGCUCGACUAGACUUCGGCACAAAAUUAGGAAUGAAUUCGCCGUUCUAACGAGCGAUUCUUCUUCUAGUCAAUUACGCUUAAAUUUUACUAUUAAAUAUAAUUUUAAUGAUAAAACGACGUAACUAAUAUUAUUUAAGAAAUAAACGAGACAGUAAUUUUUUAUUUUGUACUUAACUUAUUCAAACAGUCCUUUUAAGCUGCCAAUUUUUUCAAUAAAAGUGUGAAAUGAA